AUGAGUGCAGAAGGUAGAAAAAUAUCUUUCAGAAAACUAAUGAAAUCCUUUUCGGGAAAGAAUAAAAAGGAAAAUCAGCCGGAAACAGUAGAGCAGAAGAAAGAAGCAACGGAGGUUCCUGAAAAAGAUAUGAAGAAAGAAGAGGUAGAAGCGAAGGAUAAAGAGAUAGAAGAGGAAAAUAAGGAGGAGUCGUCAGAUUCGAUAGAGGACAGCGGAGAAUUAGAGGGAGAUGAGGAUGUCUCCAAUAUGUCCGAUGACGUCGAGGAGUUGAGACAGCAAAUUCUAGAGCUACAAACUCUAACUGAGGCCAUUCAGAAAAAGUGCAAUGAUGAGAUGCUUGAGUUUGUGGACAAGAAAAGCAAGGAAGCCGAAUCGAUAAUAGAGAAAAGGUGUCAGGAUCUUACUGAUAAGUUGAAUGGGGAAUUCGAGGAAAAGCUUAACUACAAAUACUCUAAGCCUCUUGCUCAAUUGGUGGACGUUAUCUCUCAAUUUGAAACGGUAAUAACCAGCAUAAAUAAUCCCGAGGUUGCGGGGUAUCUUGUGGGUUUCAAAAUGUUCCUUGGACAGUUUGAAUCUCUACUCUCUUCUUUCCAGAUAAUCAGCUUUCUUCCAAAUGUAGGUGAUGAUUUCGAUUCUUACACCAUGCAAGCAGUGUCUGUUAAGCAGACUGAUAAUGAAGAAGAGAACGGUAAAAUCACCGCUGUUUUCCAAAAAGGUUAUAAACUUCAGGAUAGAAUCCUAAGGUUGUCAACCGUUGAAGUGUUUAAACUUAAAGAUAAUAGUAAUUAA